AUGGACGGCUCACCCUCCCGCGGCGAAACAAUCCCCAUCCGUCUCUUCCUCGGCGGCUUCGACCUAACACCCACCUUCCGCGAAGUAAACAAGAAAUACUCGACACGCUACUACCUCUCCCUCGUCCUCAUCGACGAAGACGCCCGCCGCUACUUCAAGCAGAGCGAAAUCGUCCUCUACCGCCAAGCGCCAGAGGGUGUCGAGGCCGCCCAAAGGCAGGCCAAGGAGAUACAGAUGAGCUGA